AUGCCAGGUCUAAAUACGAUCCAACGCUUCCCCAAGACCAAGCCUUCUACACAACCACCUGCUUGGUAAACUAGCCUUGAACCACUCUCGAGUUCUUCAAAUUCUUGCCUUACAACGAGAAGAACGAAAUAUACCUUUCGCUAAGAUGGAUAGCAAUAACAGAGAUGGUAAUGGUACCUCGAACGCCGAUGAAAGAGCCAUUAUUCACCUUUCCCAACUCCAUGGCGUUACUGCUCAACCUCCAUCUAGCAAUUAUCUUGAGGAACCGGAGGAAGAGCUCCAUGAUAAGAUGUCCAAUCUUCAAGUCUCCGUCGAUGAUUCCGUCUCUCAAUCCCCAACACCAGAAACCGAUCUCGAGGUCACUUUGGAGGUUACCAAAGACGAGGGUCAACUUCAGAGUCACGAAAUGCCCAAGCCUGAACAAUUCACUCUUUUGGAUAUUUGCCAUUUGAACUCCGAAAGUGAGUACGAGCUUCCUGAUUGAUAUUCUUUGCUAACUCAAAUAGGAUGAUAUGGGCGGAGGCCUUGAAAUUGCCGCAAGUCAUUGUCAUGGGUCUCGUCGAAGGCGUGAGCUUUUCUCAAACCAAUGUGACCGCCAGUUCUUGUAAAGAAGCAUAUGAGACGCUUCUGGAACUGAAACUUGACUUUUUCGACAAUAGUCUUUCGAAUAAUAUUAAACGAUCUAAUGGCAGCAGCCGCCCGCUUUACUUCAAUUGGGAGGUAGAUAUAAUUGUCUAUAUUUCAAAUAACUGGGAUCUCUAUCCUGAUUUCGGAUUUCUUUGGUCAUGCGGUCGGUGCAAAAAUCAGCGGAGAGAUCUCGGAGACUCAAAAGCUCCUUGUGAGCACGAACCACAUAUUCUUCAAGUGGCCAUUACGUGGCGGAUUCUCAGAACGGAGCUUAUCGACAGCUCUAAAGAAAGAUUAGACCAGCAGACACCCAGCUGGUUUACUCUUCUUCGUAGGUUCCAGCCCAAGAAUUUAGCAGUCCUUUUGUAUGGGGAUGCAGAUGAGCGUUCGUCUGGACGGGUAUUAGGUAUCUGGGACCUGGCUAAGACCGUGAAAAGAAAGCGCCAGGUUGUUCUUUUUGGUCCUUCUGAAGCCUUGGAGACUAAGUAUCAAGCCCAAUUGAUUGACGGUUGGGAUUGGUCUCUUGGAACCUGUAGCUCUUGGAAAGACGCGGAGGAAAAGGUCAAAGCUCGCUUGUGGGAAUUUAAAAAGGAGAUGGAAAAGAUGAGAGGUAUUACACGCCCUACAGCUUAAUUCUCCUUGAAAUUUACUAAAAGCUCGUAGAAGAAUUCGAACAAACAAAUGCAUUUGGCAAUGACUUCGCAGACAGUGGGGAUGAGGUUGGUAGGAUAUUUCUUGCUUGGGAGAGCCGGACACCCCCAGAAUCAAUCCAGUUCAUGCUAGCGCAGAACAAGAAGGACGACUAG